AUCCUGCAUAAAUUAAACGGCGUGCGUUUGUAAACGAUGCGUGGUAUUUAAACAUUUUGGUGAGUUUUUUCGCUUUUACCUGAUUUGAUGAGCGUCUAAAGUGUCAGAAUUUACUUCUUAUAGUUUGUUUUACCUAUAUCUUAACGAUUGUGUAUUCUAAAUUGCAAAGGUAUAUUGUAAUUUCAAAAAUAUUUGACCGUUUUGUGUUUACAUUCCCCGCCUCCAACCUUCCUUUGUUAUCAUUCUUUGCAUUCUCAAAUAAAAUUCCUUUUUGCUUUUACAGAUACUUUCAAAUUUACCAACGCACUGAAAAUAUGUAUCACGGACCACCAACACCACAACGACAUCAAAGUACGUACAUUGGUUUAUUGUUUUCGUACCGAUAAUAUAUCAGAUAAGCUUGUCAAUAUAUGUCUGAAUGAGUGCUAUUGAAAUAAAUUUUUCAUUCUGGUUUUUCAGUGGGCAGCAGCGGAGAUGCUUAUAUGGGAGAUGGAUCCAUGGGCCCUGCUGGUGGGAUUGACUCAAAGGGUCAAAUUGUUAUGUGGCAACAAGGCCAAUACCUGACCGACUCUGGAGUCCAAUCCGGUGUUACAACUGGCGCGCCCAGUGUCUCUUCCAUACAUGAUGAGAUUGAACAACAGUCAACUAGUGCAGGGAGUGGAAUGGACACUUCUGUUCUAUAUGCUCCUCCACCUGCACAAUACCCAAAUCAUCCGCCACCCCCUCCUCAACCCCCAUCUGCUGAGCAAGCAAUGGCGGAAUUAAGAAACGCUAUGUUUCCAGAAAAUAUUGAGGACCAAACAAUGGUACAAGAUGUAAAUAGCCCUCAACAGCCACCGCCUCCACAACAGGCCCCAGACCACAUGCUUAACACGGCUGUAGUUAAUUUAAUCAACUAUCAAGAUGAUGCCGAUAUAGCAGCCAAGGCUAUACCAGAUUUAGUAAAAUUAUUAACCGAAGAGGAUCAGGUUGUAGUUGCCUCUGCUGCUUCGUUCAUUCAUCAGUUGUCAAAGAAAGAGGCACCCAGACACGCAAUCAUGAAUUCACCUCACAUGGUUACGUCUCUAGUUCAUACACUAACGAAUUUCAGUGAUCACGAGAUUAUGCGAUGCGCUGUCGGUACUUUGCAUAAUUUGUCACACCACAAACAAGGUUUACAUUCGAUAUACCAAGCGGAUGGCAUACCAGGCCUAGUCAAGCUCUUAGCAAGUCCAAUCGAAAGCGUCCUUUUCUACGCAAUAACAACCUUACAUAAUCUGCUUUUACAUCAAGAUGGAUCGAAAAUGGCCGUUCGCCUAGCGGGAGGCUUACAGAAAAUGGUCGCUUUACUGGCAAGAAACAACGAAAAAUUUCUUGCUAUUACAACUGAUUGUCUACAAAUUUUGGCUUAUGGUAAUCAGGAAUCAAAAUUGAUAAUUUUGGGAAGUGGCGGUCCUGUUGAACUUGUAAGAAUUUUACGUCAAUAUUCAUACGAGAAGCUCCUUUGGACUACUACUCGAGUUCUAAAAGUGUUAUCUGUUUGUCAAAAUAAUAAGCAGGCAAUUGUUAAGGCUGGCGGAAUGCAAGCGUUAGCCUUACACCUGUCUAGACCAAGUGUACGCCUAGUCCAAAAUUGUCUUUGGACUCUAAGAAACUUAUCAGAUGCCGCCACUAAAUUAGGUGGAUUGGAAGAGUUGCUGAGAAUGCUUAUUCAUCUCUUGUCUAAUCAAGACAUCAACAUCGUAACCUGUACCGCCGGUAUCUUGUCGAACUUAACGUGCAAUAAUCAACAAAAUAAGGUCACUGUUGUACAAGCGGCCGGUGUUGAGGCUCUGAUUAGAACCAUUUUGCAUGCUGGAGACAGAGAAGAUAUUACAGAGCCAGCUGUUUGUGCUCUGCGUCAUAUCACAUCGAGACAUGAAGAAGCUGAAGCCGCUCAAGAUAUCGUAAAGCAGCAUUAUGGCAUCUCUGUUCUUGUUAAAUUGCUUCACCCCCCCAGUCGUUGGCCACUAAUUAAAGCCGUUAUUGGAUUAAUUCGUAAUUUGGCUUUCUUGCCGUCGAAUCAAGCACAAUUACGAGAUCAAGAUGCUGUCAGUCGCCUCGUUCAUCUACUCUUUAAAGCUCAUCAAGAUAUUCAAAGACGUCCCGCUCAGUCUGUCGAUGGAGUAAGAAUGGAAGAAAUUCUCGAAACUGCCGGUGGGGCCUUGCAAGUAAUGGCUAGAGACGAAGGAAAUCGUGCAAUUAUUCGAAAAGCUAUAAAAAUACUGGUUGAAAUGCUCUACUCAAAUACUGAAACUAUUCAAAAAGUUUCCGCUGGAAUUCUUUGCGAAUUAGCAUCGGAUAAAGAAGGAACUGAAGCCAUUGAAUCUGAAGGUGCAAGUGCACCCCUAAGUGAAUUGGUUCGCUCACCCAACGAAGGAAUUGCGACUUACGCAGCCGCCGUUCUCUUCCGUUUAUCCGAAGAUAGACCCACGGGAGCGUUUAACGGAGCCGAAGCAGCUGUCGCUGGAUCGCAGUUCCCUUGGCAACGUGAUCCGAACGGUGGCCCAAGUUCGACGGCUAGAUCUCAAACAUUUGUUCCAUCAUCACCAUAUCAACAACAGCCGCCUCCACCAGCGCAACCACAGCAGCAACAACAACAACAACCACCACCACCACCUCAGCAACAUCAACGAAUGUGGUUCGAUACUGACUUAUAAACGCAGUAGUGGAACAUAAAAGAAAGCGUUCAGUAAACAAGGCAUAUCGUUGCUUUUUAUUUGCAUGGUUUUUAUAAUAUACUCGCCUUAGUUUUAAGCAGAUGUUCGUAUAUUUUAAUACAUAUUUUUUUUGUUCAUGCACCUUACAAGAAAGCUAUGUUUAAGUUUCAGUGAGUUCUUAGCAUUUUUUAAUAUAUGUAAACAAAAAUUAUAUUUCUAUUGGGUUACUUUGAUUUUUUAUGUAUUUUUCAGUAUUUGAUAAGAAACUAAGUCAUUUAAGUAAGUGUAAAUAAGAUAAGAUUUUUAAAGAUCAAUAGGCCAAAAUCAAGCCAAGCUUUCUUUUCUUAAAGUAGCAUUAAGGAGAUUGAAGUAAUCACUGUGAUCCGUUUCUUUUGGUAAUAAUUGACGAUAAUGUCUAUCGCAUACCCAAAUUGAUCUUCCAUCAAAUUGUAUUUUAGUCAGACCACAAAUUCUUCGACAGUUUGAUGCCAAAUUCAGCCUACUUCUCAGGAAAUUACUAUCUACCUUAUCUAAAGGAUACUUCAGAGUUGAUAUCUUAAAUUUUGCUUCCAGAUCUUUAAGCAUUCCAUCUAAAGUCUGCGUGAUUUGCUUCGUUCUAACUGCCAUAUCAUUGGCCAAAACAGACGAAUCGCUAGUAAUUCGAAGUAAUUGUAAAACGGCUAAAGUAUGAGGACCGUACUUGUGCAUUAUUUCGUCGACGUUACGAUGAAGGGCCAGCCCUUCUUCCGGACUUAUGUGCAAACCAUCGGGAAAUUCGCAUACAGCAUGUAAAGCAUACGCAGAAUAUUGAUUGGGGUAGAUAGUUUGUUUAGCAAUAUUUAGGCCAUCACCAACCGCUGGUAGAACGACAAAAUAUGUUGGAAAUCCAUUACAUUUCGCCGAAAGAUCUGAUUUCUCUUUAGGUAUUAAUUUCUUUGGUAUUUGGCCCUUUAUAAAUUCGAAAUUUGCGCCGAGCUGAUGACCCUGCUCGCAUGAGACAUCUGAUUCGUCAUCAUACGAUAGAAUGAUGGAAGGGAAUCUAGCUGGGUUUUCUACAUUAUUAAAUAAACAUCCAGGACAAAUGAUUGUGUUGAGGAGUCUGGAGUUCAUAGAAGCUUGAGAUUUGAGUCCUUCAUAAGUACUAGUGACUUUGUCUAAAAUUCGAUCAAGAAUAUCGAUACCUUCGUGUAUAUCUCUGUCGAAUGUUGUUCGUAUUUCUAGUAAUAGAACAUUUCUUUUCAACUGAAUGUGGUAUGCGAAACCAUCUAUUACUUCGACAAUGUGAGUUAAUAAGUACGUGGAUUUUACACCUUCGUAGACUUCGUCUGUCCGAUUUUUUCUUAAUGCAACUGUUAAAUCGGGAAAGAAACUUGGUGGAGCAAUUGUUGGUAGGGUAACCAUAAAAACAAAUUGUAGUUCAUCAUCUUCUGGAAAUUUCCUCCACGAUGUUUCAGGAGGGUAGCCAGCCGGUAAUCUCGAGGGUGCUAACAAUAAUUUUGUUCCACUCAAUCGAAUACAAAUUGACAAACUUAGUAGAAAGGAUAAGGCAUCUUGGUCCAAUUGUUUAAGUAAUAAGUCUUCUUGUAUCAGGCCUACAUUAUUAGGAUCAGAUGGUAUGGCGUGUAUGGUUGAGAGACAUUUUGCCAACCAUUCAGGUUGAAGAACAAUAACGGUAUUAUUUGACCGAGAAGCGGUGACGACCGAACCAGAGUUGGCGAACCUAGCUAACAUUAAAAGGAACUCUUCAUCAUUUUUUACGCCAUGAACCUGAGCUAGCUUAGCCAUUUCAUCCAUGGUUAUUACUGGUUUUUCUAUUCUGUUUAAAGAAUCUUGUAGUUGAGACCAUCUUCUUGGGAUAUAUGAAUUUAAUGAUAUUGUUUUCCUGCAAAUGUUUUCCAUAUAGGUUUUAAGAGAUUCAAUGUUGGCCCCGUCUGGAGAACUGACUUCAAAAUAAGCAAUAAUGUGAGGUGAAAAAAGAGGUGAUUGUACUCCAUCUGCGCCUCCGCUGUCAUCCGUCGCGUUUUCUAUGUCAUUCGCCGUAAGAUUUCCAGUUGGAGGGCGUCUUUGAGGUAGACAACCGACAGUACAGAGUAUACAAUCACUGCACGAGUCCAUACGAGUGUGUUUGAUCUUGCAGCGACUCAAUAGUUUCCUUACUUCUGUCCAUAUUUCUUGUUUAAGAUCAUCGUUCAACGAUGAAUGAUCGGCAUGUGUUCCAACAAUAAUAACAGAGGCAUUCGGAGCUUUUGAAUAGAUAUAAGAGAGCCAUAGUUGAAGUCUUCCAAGAAGAAAAUUUGAUCUUUCAACUGUACAUUCAGUCCAUUCAUUCAUUUUGAAAACUGUAACGUAUACGGCUCCAGCAGUUAAAAAAAACCCGUGGUCAUCGUACAAAUCUGCCGAACCGCCACAAUCAAAAAUCUUAAGAACAAUUUCCUCGCCAAGAUUUACUUGCCGAACAUCAACACUCUUGACCCUUGAAGCUUGGCGCAUGUUCGGUCGAGCAGAUAGUUUUAGCUGGGAAAGUCUCCUAACAACGUUAGUGCUGUUGUGGACGGGGUGAAGUCUUUUAAUUAGACUAGUCUUUCCGCAUUUUUCCUGUCCAACUACAACCAUUUUCAUAGUAUUGCAUGGAACGGGAUCUUCCGUGAGAAUUCUUAAAUAGGACUUUAAUUCCUGAACAGAUAACUCAUCGGAAACAUCCUCUAAUGGAUUAUAAUUCAGAAUGAUGUCUUUUAGCUUAUUCAAUGUUGACAGCGAAGUCGGAACGGUCUUCAACUUAUUCUGCUCUAGAUCAAUGGUUCUUAAUUGGGAGCAUAAUCCUAUAUCUUCAGGUAGGCUUAUUAGCUGGUUAUUUGAAACAUUUAGCUGUCUGAGGGAUGUGCAAGAGCAGAGUUGAUUAGGAAGAAUUUUUAAUUGGUUCCAGGAAACAUCCAAGAUCUCUAGGUUUGUUAACUCAAAGGGGGGUAGACAUGUAAGAUGAUUCUUUACUGCUCGGAUAACUUUUAGCUGCUUAAAUCGUCCUAUAGAAGCCGGUAGACUUGUUAGACGAUUUUCGCUAACGUCUAAAGAUUCCAGAGAGUCCAAACCUUCCAGCUGUAAUUGUCUCAUUCCACAUUCCACAAUGAUAAGAUUUUUUAGAGAAGAGAAAUUCAAUAGAUUCCCAGCUCUUAUACUGGAUUUUAAUAUUGUAAGUGUUAUGGUUUUGCUUGGGAAACACUUUGAAAUAUUUGAAGUAUUCAUAUCCCCCUUUACAUUCCUUAAUAAAAUGUGUUUUGUAGGAAUAUCGAGGGUCUGAUAUAGGAAAACCCCAAGGUCAUUCGCCGCUUGUCCAUGGGCUAGUAAUAUUUCAACACACAGAAAAUUUCUUAAUGAGAAGCUCUUGACCACUGAACAACUUCUAGAUUGUUCCACCACGUAGGAUCUCCUUAGGUCGUCUUCAAGGUUCUUUUCUUGACUUUUUAUAGAUCUCAAGAGAAUGAAAGGCGCCCUUGGCCUUCGGUCAACUGAAUGUAUGAAAUCGACGAUAAUUCCAACACAAUUAACGUGACCAUUCUCAACAGCGGAGUAAAGAGCGGUUUUACCUUGCUUAUCACGUUUCUCUAAAUCGGCACCAUGAGAUAAAAGAUACAUAAUAAUUUUAUGAUAACCUCUUGCCGAAGCCUUAUGUAAAGCCGUUCGUCCAUUGGAAUCGGGGACAUUAAUAAUAGUUUUGUUGGACUUGUAGUACUUUCGUACUUCAUCCACGUCAUUUCUGCAAACGGCUUCAAAGAAACCGGAAUCAGCUGAGUCAGGUUCGGAAAUGUUAGAAAUAGAUGUCCAUAAAGCUUUUGGAGGAGGAAGAGCCGUGGUUGUGUCAUCUCUCUUCGCCUCCUGCUUUUUCAACUUGUUUGAAAUUUUCUUCAACAUUCUCUCUCCUAUGUUGCGUUGAAAUCGCGCCCAAUAACUUUAAGGCCAAUAAUGUUCAAUAUAUAUUCGACAAUCAAAUCCUGAAAGCAGUAAAAAAAACAAGGAAGAGGAGAAAAAGUGAUAUUACUCAUACAAGAUAAGGAUGUUACUUAUCUAUAUUUGAAACGAUUAUAGAUGAAAACGGAGUGAAUAGGAAGAUAAUAUGCUCUUAAAGAUAAAUUAAUUAACUAAUGUAACGCGAUUGAUAAAUAAUUAACAAAGUCAUCUGAAUUAGUUGAAACCUUUUGUCUUAUUCGAAUAAUUAGAUAUAAUUAAAUUGGAUUACUUAGUAUAUAUAUUAUAAAUACAUUAUUAAGUAUAACGUAAAUAUGUACACAUACUCGUCUCUCAUUUUUUUCAUUCUCUUCCCCCCUUCAUUGAUUAUUAAUAAUAAGGCUUUUUUUAGUAUGAAAAGAGGAAGACGAGGAAGAAGAGGGAAAAGAAAUUAAAACUAUAUACGAAUAUAUGCUAUAUAUAUAAUUUUUUUAUUAUAUAUAGUAUAGCCUUCUUAUAUUUUCUUUUUUGUUGUUCUAUCCUUUAAAGAGGACUUUCCUUUCCAGUAAUUUUUUGAGGAGGAGAGAAACUAGUUUAUUCGAUAUUAUUACUUUAAUCUUCAAAUGAAUAAUGAAAUUGAAAAGUUUCGUUUGAAGACGUUCUUCCUUAUAAAACUGACAUAUCGCUGUGGGCAUAUUCAGUCUUUAAACUAGUUAACAGUACUCGAACCUUUUUCAAAGGCGAUCAAUUGCAUUUAAAGAAAAAAGAACAGAAAACACAAAUAAGGCAGGAAGAGAAAUACUAACUGCAACUAACUAAAUCUCUAUUUUCCGUGCGUGCUUUAGUGACUAUGCGUGGUGCGUUUCUCUACCUUCACCUCUCUUUUUGUGUGUUGUCUGCAUGAUGUUUGGGUAUGAUUUCUACGCGAAUUAUUAAGUUAUCAAUUAAUUUCUAUUCUCUACGUUUUUAUCCGAAAUUCUUUGUCUACUAUUCAAAGGAGCAAGUUAAAAUUCAUAUGGAAGAAAAAACAGUGUAAAUAUACCGGAAACGGGGAUAUUUUUACAUGUUUCUUAUUGUACGUUAUUCGAUAGAAUAAGUCUUUAAGUAAAGAGAGAACGUAAGAAAAUUUCUUCUUGACCUAUACUAUAUAUUUAUAAAAUUUUACAGCUAUUGUUUAUAUACGCAUAACAAGAGUAAGGAAAAGGUUGAAUUUAGAUCUCUCCUCCAACGCUAAAUAUACGUUGGACGGUGAGGCGAUGACCUUAACUUCACUCUUCUAUCUUUAGAUAAAAGGAUAAUGUAAACGUAUUAGAGUAUUUAUUAAAUUUUAUCUUAAUUGUGCUGGAAUGAUAUGUAACUUUUCUAUUUGAUUAAAUCAAACCUUGUCGAACGAUCUUUUCAUUUUAAUAUCCGUAAACGCUGUUACUGUGCAGUCUUCAAUUAUUUAAAUGGAUUCUGGGUUAAUGUACGUCAGCCUGUUUACAUUUGAAGUUAGUUAUAUGACCUGUGUAGUUUUUCACUUUUCUGGAUUCAUAUUCAGUCAUAGUGACAAAAUUCCUUUCUUUAUUCAACAAUAAUUGCAAAUUAAUUAAAUGUUAAAGUUAAUAAUAUAGGUAUAUUUAAGGAAAUUUCAGCCUAUGUUUGAUUACAAGUACAUAAAUUUUAGACUAUUUAUAUAUUGAAAAACAAUAUUAUGUUUUUUAUUUUAUGGGUCAAUUAUAGGACAUUGGAAAAGAUGAGAAUAGAAAUCAUUGGGCGGACAUUUAGAGCAGGACAAUGAUUUAUCUCAUAGUUCAUUAACCUAUGGCGUAUUAGCAGAGAAAACAUUGAGGUUAUCCCAGUACAUCUUUGCGGCGUCUAGCCUAUCAAGAGUUUAUUAAGAAAGAAAAAAUUUAGAGACGUCUAGUAACGUAUAUUAAAAAAAUAUAAACAUACAAAUGCUGAUAAUAUACCAUAUAUAUAUGUAUGUAUAUUAGUUCUAUGUAACAAAGACUAAUAAUGGAAAGAGUACACCAUCACUCAUUCACUUCUAUUCUUAAACCAGCUUUCAUUCUGUUAUAAAGAGAAAAGCUGUAGGAGGUUUAUAUUUAAGAAAAAAUAGAAUCCACAGAAUAUUUUAUAUAGUAAUACGUAUUUUGAAUAUAUAUUUGCAUUUAUAGUAUAGAUAUAAACAUAAACAUAGUGAACAUAGUGGCGUGCAUCACUAGAUCGUGAGCAGAUUAUUAACAUUUAAAAUAUAGUUCUUAAAAUAUUAAUUAAGAAAAAUAUUUAUUAUAUACUAUGUCUGUUAAUAAUAUUUUGAUGAAAUGAAAAGAUUAACCAAAGAUUUACUAUCUAAUCCUUUAUUUCAUUAAAUCCAUUUAAUAUAAUAUUUAUGAAGUAUAGCAUUUUUAUAGCGAAAAUAAAAAAUAAAUGAAGCCAUAGGAGACUUUUUUUAUUAAUUGAUAAAAAAUAAAUUUAAUAAAUUUAAGAUGAAUCUAGACUUAUGAAAUUCUAUAGAUAGG